AUGAAAGAAGGAACGACCAGACAAACGAAGACGUUGGAGCCUAGCAGAGUCAAAAAGAAUACUAGCAUUAGAAUACCUAACUCUGUAAAGAAGACUGCGCAGAAUGCUGAAACCCCAGAUGAGAUGGAGUUUGAAAAUCAGAAUAACGGACCGAAGAAAAAUACUGAUAGGAAAACCAUCACAGAAAAUAAUGUUAAUGACGAUACCCUAUUAUUGGGCUCAAGUAGAAAUGCUAUGGAAAAUGCUAUAAAUAACCAAGGUAAUACACAGCAUGGUAUUCAGUACAAAGAGGAUAGUGGUAUAGCAGCAAACAGCACACAACCGAACGUUUUUCAAUCAAUCCCUGAAAAAAAAGGUUCUAUGGCAUCCAACACUGCAAGUCUCAGAGAAGAUGCCUGCAAUCUUCUCAUACUCAAAAAUGAGGCAAAACGGCUUGAUGAUAAAAUUUCUCCUCCCAUAAUGAACAAGGAAAAAAAUCAAAGUUUGAGGGUAGAGCAACCAAUGCAGGAGGGAAGUGAGGAAAGUGGAUUGAGAUUGUCGUACGGUAAGCAGAAGGAGGUUGGCCGAAGCCUUGGCGUGACAUGUACUCCACAAUAUACUGGCUCUCAGUACCGUGACGGGCUUAGUCAAGAGGAAGAUAGGCCAGUUAAGCAGCAAGGUAUGCAAAGCAUGAACUCAGAGGCGCAUAGAUCAAAUGUACAGAGUGUUCCUGUGCAUUACUCCAAAACACAGCGACGCGAAGACCAUGUUGAGAAGGAAGAGCCGGUUUCGAGGGAAGAGCUACUGGAAGAACUGAGGAACAUUGCACGUAUAGAAGCCAAAUCUCUUCAAGAAGUAUCAGAUAGAGCGGAAGAGACAUACUUCCAUCCACCAGCAUCUCCCUCCAGGCAUCCUCUGGAAUAUCUUCGAGAGAUAUACCAAACGGAAAAUAGACUAUCAGAGUAUAUGGAGUCUAAGCCAAAGCAUAGGCGACAUGAAAAAGAGUUAAGUGACAGCUCGGCCGUUGAAGUAGAUAGCAGUGGAUUUAAGAGCUUCAAUGAUUUCGACGAGGGAAUAUUCAGGUUUGAUCCCAACACAAAGCUGUUUAACUGUCCGUGGGAGGACUGUGACAAAGCAUUUCCAUCGCUCUCUCGGAUAAAGAGACAUUAUAUUAUCCACACUGACAUUAAGCCAUUUAAGUGUCUUAAUCCUGGAUGCAGCAGAAGGUUUAGUAGAAAGGAUAACAUGUAUCAGCAUUACCGCGUUCAUUGCCCUUUUGCAAAUCAUUCAUACAGACAUCCCUAA